CCGCCGCCGCCGCCGCCGCCGCCGCCGCUUCCACCGGGAUUUAACCGGGGCUUGGAUGCUUUCACCUCCCGUCUCCACUUCGGGAGGGCAUGUGCGCGGGGGCAGCGGGCCGCCCCCAGCGGAGCCCCCCCGCGCCCUGACUGCACGCUGAGGGGCUCCGCCGCCAGUCCCGUCCCGCCGCCGGCCCCCGAGGACGGGGAGCGGCCCCCCCUGGCCGGUGGGUACCGGGCGGGGGGCGGCGGGUACCGGCAACUUGUGUUUAGCGUCCGGCGCUACCGACCGGGGGGACCCCCCGCCGCUCUACCCGAGGAGAUUUGGGUUUAAACUUUGGGUUUUGGGGAGCCCCGAAGAUGCCUUUCCACCCGGUGACGGCGGCGUUGAUGUACCGGGGGAUCUACACCGUCCCCAACAUCCUCGCCGAGCAGCGCCCCGUGGAGAUCCCCGAGGAUGAGCUGGAGGAAAUCCGGGAAGCCUUCAAGGUGUUCGACCGGGAUGGCAACGGGUUCAUCUCCAAGCAGGAGCUGGGCACGGCCAUGCGCUCCCUGGGCUACAUGCCCAACGAGGUGGAGCUGGAGGUCAUCAUCCAGCGCCUCGACAUGGACGGCGACGGGCAGGUGGACUUUGAGGAGUUUGUGACGUUACUGGGGCCCAAACUGUCCACCUCGGGCAUCCCGGAGAAGUUCCACGGCACCGACUUCGACACCGUGUUCUGGAAGUGUGACAUGCAGAAGCUGACGGUGGACGAGCUGAAGCGGCUGCUGUACGAGACCUUCUGCGAGCACCUGUCCAUGAAGGACAUCGAGAACAUCAUCAUGACGGAGGAGGAGAGUCACAUGGGCACGGCCGAGGAGUGCCCCGUGGACGUGGAGACCUGCUCCAGCCAGCAGAUCCGCCAGACCUGCGUGCGGAAGAGCCUCAUCUGCGCCUUCGCCAUCGCCUUCAUCAUCAGCGUGAUGCUCAUCGCCGCCAACCAGGUGCUGCGCAGCGGCAUGAAAUAGUGGGGUCACCCCGCGGCCCCGGGGCGAGGAGGAGAGAGCUAUAAAUAUAUAUAAAUAUAUGUCCGUCCAUCCAUCCGUGGCCCAGAGACUCGCCUUGUCCCCCACCCGGGGAGGGGGGCGGCGAGGGGACCGGGGGGUGUCCCCGCCGUGCCGGGGCGGUGCCAUCGCAUGGACACUUCGGUAACGGCACCGCCGCCCACCGACCCCCCCUCGCCGGGCAAAAACCAACCUGUAAGUGCAUGGAACGUGCAUGGAGCCCCGUGUGCCCCCUCCCCCCCGCGGCGGCUCCCGCCGGGUACUCCGAUCCAACGUUAUAGCUCGUAUUUAUGAUCAACCAAAUCAUCCCCUAAGCAAUACACGCGCCUGAGAUGGUUCCUAGAGCCGGGAGCGUUUGCAUGGACUUGGCUGCCAAGGGCUGGAUUUCACCCCCCCCCCUCAAAGCCCACCCCUGUCCCCCACUCCCUGUGCCGUGCCUCGGUUUCCCCACCUGCCCAGUGCGGGGACAUUCCUGACCUCCUGCUUGAUGCACUUUGAGCCGACCCCUCCCUGGGAAGAGCCGGAGCGACCCCAGGCCGGGGAGCCCCGAGCCCCCCGAGCCCCCCCAGCCUGUAUGUAGCACCCACCUGGGCACUGGACUGGUUCGGAUUUGGGGCGGUUUCUCAUUCUUUGGUUUGUUUUUUUUUUGGGGGGGGGAGUUUGGGGUGGGUUGUUUUGGUUUUUUUUUUCGUUCUUCCUGGUUGGUUGUUUCCGAUCUGAAAUAAAACUGGGAUUUCUGAAGCG